UCCAAACAUAAUCUUUUAGCGUUACUUCGUUAUUAGCAGCAUUUUUGAACUGCAAUCUUCUGGUCGUUAGGCGUCGUUAUGGAUCAGUUUUACGAAAUCUUCGACUCAUAUGCUGAGCAGCUGGCUAAGCUUCCAAUGUUGCCAGUUUUACAGUGUGUCCACUACAUUAUUAUGAACUUGAAAUUACGCAUGGGAGAAGGUGCACUAUCCUUUGCCUAUUCCCAUCCAAUGUCUUCCUGGGUUUCUAGUAUAUUGACAUGUUUUGCUGGGAGCUUUUUGACAAACUUCUUGUUGGGCAACUCUUUGCUGUCACCACUGACAGAUUUGGAACAAAUUGCCAUCCUGUCUGUCAUUUGGUAUCUUGUAUUCUUUUGCCCUCUGGAUUUGUUCACCAAGGUCUUUAUGCUGAAGCCAUUGUGGAUUGCUCUUCUGGUUGUCAAAGAGGCCCACAGAGCAAAGAACAUUCUCAAGGGAGUAGAGAUAUCAUCAACACUUUACCAUGAUGCUUGGCUGGUCAUGAUAGCAGUAGGAACUGCAAAAGGAGCUGGCAGUAGACUUUUAAGACCAGUGGUUAUGUUUGCUCAAGGAAAAGUGGAUGCUGUUAAUGAAGCGCUGUACCCAUCAUUUGUCACCAAACUAUCCAUUGUUGGAAGUAUUCUCUUCAUUGUGGUGCAGAAGCGCAUAGUAGCCUUCACAACAGCUGAAGUUCUUCUGGGCAUAACUUGUGUGGGAGCAUUUCUUCAGGUCCUCAUGUAUCUCAGUAACACAAGUGACCCUUUUACCUAUUUAGAGAAAGCUGUGGCUGCUGUUCUUUUUAAAGAACCAGCUGAAAAGGCAGAUACUUCAGAUGCUAAGAAGAAAAAGGAAUAAUCACUUUUAAUUUAAAUGAAGAAAGAGGAUACACCUUACUUUUGAUAAUUGUGUCCUUGCCUAGUGUGCAACAGGUUGGAAUAAGGCAAUCUGUCAUGGAAUGUCAGUCACAAAGACUUGCUGAUUGCUAUUAACCAAUCAGAAGAUUGUGUUAUUUGUCACAAAUAUGUGGUGAGGUUUUGUGUAAGCUUAUCCGAAAAAUUCCUCUCCUUCCUUUGAAAAAGGAACAGAGAAACCUUGGAAUGAGGUUGAGGUGUGUUGUCUUUGAGUGGUUUGGUGAAUGUUGAAAUAAAUCCUGAAAUGGCUUCGUGUUACUUUGAUGUGCUCUCUGAUUGGUCACCAGUCCGGCAAACAAGAUGUACAUAUGCAAAAAAAUUCCUGAAACGUCUUUUUAAUUUCAUCAGCGACGAGAUCAUAAUUUAUUAGUAGUAAAGUUUUUUUCUGAACAUUUACACAUGAACCCUAACGUUAUCGAAGAACACUAAUAUAGUCUUAUUUUUGAGACCCUCAAGAUGACAAUGUAUUUACUUAAAUGUACUGAUAUCUUACUAAUGAACAGCUGUUUCGAGAAAGGUUGAAGGAAAAAAGCGAAAAAUUCACGAAAUAUACCCGAAGGGUAUUGAUGGUAGUUCCUUCACCUCAGGAUUUCAGGGAAAUCUGAGAGAACGUCAUCGUAAGGAUGAGGCACAGCGGAUUUGAUGAGUUUAUUCAUUCAUUUUACUUAUUAAAAUUCGUCGAUUACCGGAUAGCCAUAUUUCUAUUCGAGAUUAUCGCGUGCACUUUUGUCCAUUUUGCCGAAAACCUUCCUCGAAACAGCUCAAAAUAUACUUAUUUUUGAUAGCCAUUUUUUCACUUUUUACUACAAGUGUGUGUAUAUUUGUGUAAUCGUCUCAAUACUUCUAGCUAGUCGUUUUGAAACUUAAAGUUUAGUUACUUCAUACCCUACUAGUCUGCUGUUUUGAGAGCGCUUUCCUUCACGUGAAGAACCCCAACAGAUUUAAACAGUUCUUCCUUUCACAAAUAUUUAGCUUUUAAAAAAAUGCAUAAAAAAUGAGAGAAAAACAAAA